GCCAUGGGGGUUCCCGAGCGCUGCCCCGGCCGCGAGCUCAGGUCCCCGGCCGUGGUUGCCAUGGAGACACCGACCGCACGCGCUUCUCUUGCCGCCCGUGGGUUCUCCAGUGCGCCUGCGUUCCCUCAUCCCACUCAGCGAGCGCCCAGGAGUUAAAAAUAAGAAGCACAGAUGGUUGAGUUUCACCAGAGCCCUGAUGCCAACGCAGUGAAUGUUCAUUUCUCAAGAGCAGAUACCACAAUUCUUGAGAAGGAUAGUUUGCAGAUUUUACAGGAAACACAAGUGACGAAAGACCUAGAGAAGGACGCUCUACCUGUACACGUCACAGAUCGGAUAUUUUUUAUUGAUUUAGCCAAUAAGCAACAGACAACUAUCCCUUUACAAAUCUUUGAACUGGAAGAUCUGGAAGAAUUGCAUUUGGAAAAAAACUUAAUUGAAAGCAUCCCAGGAGACAUCCAUCAUCUUAAGAAGGUGAAAGUUCUCUAUCUGAAUGAGAACUAUAUACACGACAUCUGUGAAGAACUUGGGCAGCUGAAAUAUCUUCAGAGCUUAGAUUUAAGUAGCAAUCCACUCUCUUACAGUUCACUGCAUAUCAUCAGCAAACUGCAGGCACUCUGUCAGCUCAGGCUCUAUGAUGUAAACUUGGAUGAGUUCCCAGUGGAGAUCUGUAAAUGCCUCCAUCACAUUGAGCUGCUUGGACUAUCUGGCAAUAAUCUAAGGUAUCUGCCUAAAGAAAUAGUGAAUCUGAGAAAACUUAAAGAGAUCUACCUGCAAAAAAACAGAUUUGAAAGCUUUCCCCUGGAGCUUUGUCAUCUUCUUAAUCUGGAAAUAAUAGAUCUGGAACAAAAUCUAGUGAGUUUUGUCCCUGAAGAGAUUGUCUCUUUGACAAAUUUAGUGAAACUAUUUUUAGCUUUCAAUAACCUGUUAUCAGUCCCUGAUAAAUUGCAUCACUGCCGGAGACUGACUGUGCUUGAUUUGUCUAAUAACCUCCUACGUAGGCUCCCUCCUAACUUCAAGCAGCUCACAGAAAUGAACGAGCUUGGUCUGUCUGGUAACAACUUGGAAAAGUUUCCACGUCAGAUUUGCCAUUGGAUGUCCCUUUGCCUCGUUUAUUUGAAAAACACUGGCUUGCAAGUGCUACCUUCUUCCUUUACCAGAUUAACCUGUAUCAAGAUAUUAGAUCUUAGUGAAAAUUUCUUUGAUGAAUUCCCUAAAGAGAUCUGUGCUAUGGAAAAUCUGGAAAUAUUGUCACUGGAUGACAAUCAAAUAUGUGAGAUACCUCCAGAGGUGACGGGACUCUCUAACUUAAAAUGCCUUGGUCUGACUGGAAACAGAUUCAGUGUCUUUCCAGAAGAAGUCUUUCUCCUUCAGUCAUUAGAGAAAUUAUAUCUGGGACAAGAUAAAGGGAUCAAAUUCAUGACUCUUCCAAGAGACAUCAGCAAACUGCAGAAUCUGAAAGAGCUGUACCUAGAGAACAAUUGUCUGGAGUACCUGCCACCUUCCAUAGGCUUGCUGAGCAACUUAGAAAUAGUUGACUGUCACAACAACCUCCUUAAAGAACUCCCAGACUCCAUAUGUCAAGUACAAGGUUUGCAAAGAUUGCUUGUUCAGAACAAUCAGUUGUUCCAACUCCCAGAAAACUUGGACAGUCUUCAGAAGCUGCAGCUUGUCUUGCUGGAUGGGAACCCUAUGACAGACCCUCCAAUUGAGGUGUGCAGCCAGGGGAACUUGGCUAUCUGGGAGUAUUUACGGGAAAAGAGGCAUCAAAAGGCCAAGGCUACAAAGAUCCAGGCUUGGUGGCGUGGGCAGAUGGUGCGGAAGGGGCUUGGAAUUUUUGCUGAGCUUCAAAAACUGUUAAAGAAAGGAAAGAAAGAUAAGAAGGGGAAAGAAAAGCCUGGCAAAGGUGCAAAGGGCAAAAAGAAGUAAUUCUGUAUAUGAUUUGUACAUCAAACUGUUUAGAACUCUUGUACAUUGGGAGAGCAGAUAUUUUCUUGCUUCUCCCUGCAAGGGAUAAUCAAUACUAACAU